UCUAAAUUAAUUAUUUCGAGCAAUAUUUCUACGAAAUCGAUGCUCUCAUCAAUGGAAUUGAAGAGAGCAAUAACUGAAUUGAUGCACGCUAGUGUGUUCUGUCUCCCAAGGAGCUUUAAAAUCACAUUAUUAAGAAUUUUAGUGGAAAAUAAAUUUCCUAUGGAUUUUAACUAAAACCCUACAGGAAUUCCUAUAAAAAUCCUAUAGGCCUUUUUUCUUUUCUUUCUUUCUUUUUUUUUUAUAUUUAUAUUUUCUAUUUUUAUUUGUGUUCUGACCGAGCUUCCAUGAUCAUGUAGCAGAUGAUCGAAAUAACGAUCGUAGAACAUGAAAUAUAGUUCGUUAGAGUUUUAUCGAAUAAAAAAUUAGGAACAAUAUCAAAGAGAAUAUAAGAUAUAGAUAUUUAAUUGAAAAUGUUAAAAAAAAAAACGAAACGUGUAAGAUAAAGGUAAUUUAGAGCGUAAAGUUAACUGAAAUGACGACAAGAAGAGCGGAGUAAACUACAUCCGUGGUGUGAUUUGGUCGCGAUCAGCUAUGGAGAAACUGGCGUCGGUCGAGCUUACUAAGUUGAAAACGCAAUUGUUGAUCACAGAUUUCGACAGAAAUUCAAAGGAUCUGAGAGAAUUGAUGGUGGAUAUGAUGGGUCAAAUUAACGUUAAGCUCUUAGUCAGGUUUUUGGAAAGAAACAACGUAUGUUCAUCGUUAGGACUCGCGGUUGUAGCCAUGCAGGAGACGAUUCAAGACAGUAGGACAUAUUUAGACAAAGUGCAGGAUUUUAAUGAAGACUCGCACCGGUACCCUGACAUGAACAUGCAAAUUUUUUUAGCCUCGAAACCAGCCUCGCUUAUGAUCGUGCCGAGUCAUAGCCGUGAUGGAAGUUGCCAGGAAACAACAGGUUAACUUAUCAUCAUAAAGUAAAUAGGCUUAUAACUCUGCCUACAUGUUUUCGCUUCCAAUAUCAUAGAACUUUAUCUUAUAAAUUCGCCAUGCAGAAGCUGUAGACGGUAUUUAAAACUGUAUAAAAUGAAACAACAGAACGAUAAGUUUAAAGAUUCUCUUAUAUGAAUUGAUGAAAUUCUUGUUUGUUUACAAAAUAAACUGUAUAAAUAUC